AUGAGGCCCCUGGUGAUCUUCGCCCUGCAGCUCUGCCUCUGCGCGGGCUAUGAAGGAUGGGUGGAAUUGAUGGGUUGGGGUUUAAGUAGUUUGGGGGGGAGGAGAUGGGGGUUGGGUGUUUUUUGUAGGGUUUAUGGAGAGAUGGUGUAUGGGGGUAUUGAUGGGGGGGUUGGUUGGGGGGGGUUGGGGGUUAGUGGAAGGAUGUAUGGGGGGAUAUGGGGGUUAUUUGUUGAGGUGGGAUGA